CUGUUGAAUUUGAGUUUACUUUUGAAUCAGUUUCACUUUUAUUCUUGAACUUAUUGAGACAACAAUAUUUAUCAUUUUAUUGCUACAGUUGCCGACUAUCCAUAGAAAUGGGUGAAAAUACGAAAGAAUCGAAUUCACUGAUUAAUGGUAAAUGUGAAAGUAAAUCUGGUCAACUGACCUUAGAGGAAGUUUUGACCAAAUAUGUUGGUUCUUUUGGUUCCUUUCAAAAACUGUUAACUCUUUACAUUGCCCUGUUCAUUGGACCCAUAACUUCAAUGAAUAUGAUCUCACAAUUUUUGAUCCUGUUAAUUCCUCCUCACCAAUGUGAUCUAUCAACAAUCAAUCAAACAACACCACUGUUAAUCAACUCAAUAGACAGUCCAUCACCAAUUGAACCAAUCCAAUUAGUCCAUCAAUAUGAAGGUUCCUGUUCAAUUAAACGUUACAUCGACUCAGCACCAAACUUGACCGAUUCAUUGCCCUGUCCAAAAGGCUGGGAAUACGAUCACAACCUGAUUUACCCAACACUCGUUUCAGAGCAAAAUUGGGUUUGCAAUGAGAGAUGGAAAGCGCUUUUACCUCACUCAAUCUAUUGGGCUGGAGCGACACUCGGAUGCUUUGUUUUUGGUACCUUUUCUGAUAUUUUUGGCCGAGUUCCGACCACAAUGGCUAUUUUCACCCUCGCUGGACUUUCUGGCUUAGCUGGUGUCUUCUUUUCGCAUGACUUUACUCUGUUUGUCUUGAGUCGAGGUUUAAUGGGCUUUGCAUUUACUGGUUCUGUUACUUUGGUUUUAGUGAUUGAAUUUGUUGGUCUUCGCAAUCGUCUUCUUGUAUCAACUGCUUUUGUCGCUUCCCAUUCAAUAACAAGCGCUCUUUGGUCAGCCUUUGCCUAUUACAUUGCGAAUUGGAAGCUUUUAUUGAUCUUAAGCUCAUCGGCACAGUUUUUGAUUCCAAUCAUUUCAAUAUUUACUCCAGAGUCAGUUCGAUGGUUAUAUUCAAAGGGAAAGGUUGAAAAGGGAAGUAAAGUCCUUACAUCUGUUGCUCGGUUUAAUGGUAAACAAGUUCCAGAAGAUGUUCUUGAUUCCAUAAUAAUAAGGAAACCGGCUCCAUUUCAUUUAAAAGAGUUCCUAAACUAUCCAAGACUUUGUCGAAACUUCAUGUUCGCUGGAAUCUUGAGUAUUCUCAAUGGCAUCUCAUUCAUUGGAACCAAUUUAUAUGCAGCAGUGUUACUUAAAAAUCCUUUUCUAGUUCUAUCCUUGAAUGCAUUUAUCGACGCAAUCGCUUGUUUAGUUUCCAAGAAUCUUGCUGAUCGUUACGGACGAAAGAGAAUCAUGCUGAUCAAUAUUUACUUAUCCUUCAUCAUCUAUGAAUCAGCUAAUUUACUAGACAGGAAUUCCAUCCAAUUUAUGGUGAUAUUUUACAUUGGACGAUUCACGGCAGCAAACACAUUCAACAUACUUUACCUUUAUGUGGCUGAAAUUGUACCAACAUUUUUCCGAAGUCGAGCCGUUUCAACUAGACUUUGUUUGAAUAACUUUGGAGCGUUUAUUGCUCCUUUCGUGAUAAGUUUACAUUCAUAUGGAUCAUAUAUUCCGUUGACAGUAAUUGGACUUACUUCAGCGGUUUCAGGUCUUCUAGUCUUAUUUUUACCAGAGACGCUCGGCGUUCCCCUUCCUGAAACUUGUGCAGAAGCUGAUAAACUGGGCUCGAAUCAGGACAAGAAAUGAAGAUACAUUCUGAUAUAUUUUGAUAUCACACGAAGCACUUCACUCAAUCAUGUAUUUUUCAAACAUUGAGUGAACUGUUUUAAUGGCCAAAUGAACAUUAAAAAUAAAUAACAAGAGAGCAUUUGUAAUGUAA